AGGCCUCUUAAUCCCUUUAAAUCUGAGUUAAUCCCAAUUAUGCCAAUGUUUGAAGAAUUCGAGAAUGUCCGAAUUUUCGCGGGAAGGGAAAGUUCGAAAGCUUUUGAAUCGUCUCAAAUUCAAAUCAUGGGAGGACAUUUUCGAGGGCAAAGAUCUGAGUUCCAAAGUCGCUGUGAUUACCUGUGACGGAAAAUCAGGAGCUAGUAUAAAGACGUGCCAAAUCCUGGCCAAACAUGGCUGCCGUGUUGUCCUCGCAUCGCCAAAUCCAAUACCCAUCAGCACUGGCACAAAUGCAGAAAACAUCCGAGUCGUCGAAUGCAAUUUCCGCGCAUUGCGAAGCGUUCGGAAUUUUGCGAACGACUUUUUGGCGCUGGAAACGCGACUGGAUUUUUUGGUCUUGACUGCCGAUGCCCAGCUUUGCGGAGAUGAAGUGACGGAGGACGGCUUUGAAGGCAUUUUGCAGAGAAAUUAUUUGGCACAGUUCUUCCUCAUGUGCUUGUUGUUGGAUUUGUUGGUGAGGUCGUCUCCGAGUCGGAUCGUCGCCGUGUGCUCUAAUUAUGAUGCUCACAGAUUGUCAACGUUGAACACAUCUACAUUUUCUCGGUCAAUUUUCUUCACGAGGAAUCCUGCCAAUUCCAAGUCGUUGUAUAGUACUUAUGCGGACUCAGUUUUGUGCCUGGUGACUUCCGUGCUUUCUUUCAACCGGAAAAUGCGGAAUGCGUGUAGAGCCCGGGACAAGACUGGCUCCGUUGUGCAAAUUUCCACGCCUCCUGUGCAAGCUUUCGUUAUUGGCCAGAAUGGCAAAUGGUCGCUGAGAAUAAGUGCGUUUUUGGCCAAGAAUCCCUGUUUCCGCAUGGUUUCUAAUGCUGUUGGAAAGGUGUUCAAAAGAAGCGAAGCCAAGAAGGCGAGAUUAGUUUGCACUGCGCUGGUUGCUGCUGAUUCCCCUGCAGGUCAUUUUAUGAAGGGAACUGGAAAAUUCGGGCCCUCGGAGACUGCCGGAAGCAAAUUGUUCCAGGAAAUGCUUUGGGUAUCCAGUGUUGAUGUUAUCCAGACCCGAAUGGGACCCGGUUCUUGCAAACAAGCCAUUUGGCGAGGCCUGAAUCUCGCCGUUGGUCCGAUGCUUUCCGGUGUCCUCAAGAAAUAUUCCGUCCAGGAGGAUUGA